AUGGCUGCUUCAAGUAAGAAUAAUAGUAGUGACAAUAGAAAAAGAGUAGAAGCAAUGGCUAAUGAUAAUGGACCAUUAUCAGAGGCAGAGAAUUUUGGGAAAAUUUUGUUGUCAGAUGUGGUGGUGAGGAGAAGAAAGCAGGUGUUUUGGGGGAGGAAAUGGAAUUCAUUAGACACAGGCACUGUUGGUGUUGUUUUGGCAAUGCAUUUUCUGUCUAUGUUCGCACCUUUUUGUUUCACAUGGAAUGCAUUUUGGGUUGCCUUUGGCCUCUAUGUUAUCACUGGACUUCUGGGCAUCACUCUUUCUUUUCAUAGGAAUCUUUCUCACAGGAGUUUCAAGCUUCCCAAAUGGCUUGAGUAUUUUUUCGCAUAUUGUGGGAUUCAAGCACUUCAGGGGGAUCCAAUUGAUUGGGUCAGCACUCAUAGACACCACCAUCAGUUUUGUGAUUCUGAGAGAGACCCACAUAGUCCUAUUGAAGGCUUUUGGUUUAGUCAUGUCAAUUGGCUCUUUGAUACUGAGGCUAUUGCUGAAAGGUGUGGAGGGCCAAACAAUGUUGGGGAUUUAGAUAAGCAACCUUUUUACAGGUUUCUUCAAAAUACAUACAUUCUACAUCCAAUUGCCCUUGGAGCUAUGCUAUAUGCAGUGGGAGGAUUUCCAUUCUUAGUCUGGGGAAUGCCGUCUAUACUGUCUGCGCCUAGGCAACCAGAGGGUGUUAGGAUUGUGUGGGUUUUCCACAUCACUUGGCUAGUAAAUUCAGCUUGUCAUGUAUGGGGAAAGCAAGCAUGGAAUACCGGUGAUUUGUCCAGGAACAAUUGGUGGGUCGCAUUGCUUGCAUUUGGAGAAGGUUGGCAUAACAAUCACCAUGCUUUUGAAUACUCAGCUAGGCAUGGCCUGGAAUGGUGGCAGCUCGACAUGACUUGGUAUGUUGUAAGGUUUCUUCAAGCUAUCGGAUUGGCAACUGAUGUGAAGUUACCAAAUGAGGUGCAAAAGCAAAGGAUGGCUUUCAACAAUUGA